CUAGAAAGAUGCGCCCCCACCUGACCUGACUGACUUGCAUGCAUGUGCUUAUCCAUGGCUGUGCCCUCUAAAAUUUGGCGAGCCGAAUCUUCAUAAAUUCCCCAAUUUCUUUCUCUUCACGCCUUCGUCUCCGCUGAUUCAUUACCAAAAUUUCUCCUCUGUUCUUAUCAGCGUUGUCUGAUUCGUCGCUGGAAUCUAUGGCGGCAACAAUGAACAACAGCACCGAAGCCGCUUCUAGCCUUGAGUUCUUCAAGGUGUUUCUUCCCGACACUGGCUCUCUGCAUAUGAGCAUACCGCCGGCUUUUGUGAAGCAUUUACAUGUAAUAACAUUUCCAAACAAAGCUACCAUUAAAGAUUAUAUGGGAAAAUCAUGGCAUGUUACAUUGGAAAAACUGGAUGAUCUUGUGUAUUUCAAGAACGGCUGGCAGGCUUUUGUAGAUUACCACUUUCUGAGAUAUGGAGACUUCUUGAUUUUCCAAUAUGAUGGCCAUUAUACGUUUGAUGUUAAGAUAUUUGGUAAAAAUGGAUGCAAGAAGGCAGUGGUAGCUGAAGCUGGUAAUUCUGUUCCAAUUUUGGAGGCUGUGGUAGCAGAACCUGGCAACUCUGUUCCAAUUAUGGAGAUCAAACAAGAACCUGUGGAUGAUAGAGAAGAUGUCAAGCCUUUACAUUCUCGCAAGAGGAAGUGCUUACAAGUUGGAUCAGAGAAAGUCCACAAAUCAAGAAGAACUUCAGCUCGAAAUCUAAGGGAGCCUCCUAGUCCCCCCUCAAAUUCUACAGAAAUUGUUCCCUCAAAAGGGCCGUGCUUUGAGCGGAUAAUGAAACGUUGGUCACUUGGUACACUUUACAUUUCAAGAGGCGUGGUGGAGGAGCAUAACAUCUCGCUGAAGCCAAACAUAGUUCUUAGAGAUGAAGAGGGGAAGUUGUGGCCGGUCACAGCCGGUACCACCAGCCAGAACCGUAUGAAUAUAUCUUCUGGGUGGCCCAAGUUUUAUAGGGGCCAUAACUUGAGAAUAAAUGACAAAUGUGAGUUUGAGUUUGUUCUUGGAAGGGGAAAUGUUUGCCGACAAGUAAAUGUCAAAAUUACACGUUCCAAGAAGAUGAAGAGCACUAAGUAGAACCAAAAUUUUAGUUGUGACAAAAUUUUGUUAAUUCAAACUUCUUGAAUUUAGUGGUGAUUUUGUGUAUAUAUAUAUACAGUAUUCAGAUCC